AAGUGAAAUAGAUGUAUUUAUAUACUACGGCCCUAGCGUUGAAUCGAAUUGGACCUUAAUGUUUCCUAAUGAAUGUUCGGAUGGAGGAAAGAAUUUAUCAAAAGCAAUGGAAGGAUUAAACACUUUUUUGACCGAUCAUAAGGGGUUAGCUGGUGUUAUACUUACUGCUAUACAGUCUGAGCCUGAGGAAUCAGCAUUUCCGACAUAUUCUGAAAAUUUUAAAAAAUAUGUUGAUAUGUUGAGAAAAAAGUUUCCAGAAUUGAUCAUUGGAUUGGAUAUAUUCGGAGGUAUUCUAAUGAAUCAGUAUAUGGAUCCAAAAUUCACUUGGUUGAAUAUCAGCGUUAUAGACUACGCUAUUGAUUUUUACGCUGUUACUACAGAGUACUUUAAUUUAUGCACUGCUGACUUCAGAAAUACUGGAAUUGCUCCACUGAAUGGAUCAAAUACCAAUCAUACAUUGGAUAAAUUAAAAGAUGUCUUACAGCAGGCAUGUAUACCAACAGAAAAAACAUACUUUACAUUUAUACUUAACCCGGAUACACCUGAUGAUACACUUACUAUGUGUGAUGUGAAUAAUGAAAAGGUGUGUACUCAGCCACAAGUAGCAUGUGAUUGGUGUGUAGGGACCUUAUUAUCAUACAAUGAAAAAGGUCAAUUUGCGCAUACAAACGGAGCAGGAUUUAUAGCUCGUUACAUUGAUUUUGAUGACCCUAAUAAUUGCUGUAACUGUGAAAAACCAUUUCCUACCUUUAACGCUAUUCUAGAUGGUUUUAAUGGUGUUUCAACAAAACCUUGUGAUUUAUUUGAUUUACCUUAAAAAAAAAAUCAUCAAACUUUGAAAACAAUCAUAAACGCUACAAUUUUUAAAUUCAAAUAAUUCAAAUAAAAUUGAUAUAUAAAUCAUUAUAUCACAAUAUUACGUGUUUUAACCUUUUAUUCAUUAUUUAUUAGAAAUUUAAUCGGAGUUAAAAUCCCGGUGGCAGAAUCCAAGGCCGUACCUUCGGGGUGGCACAACCCCCCCCCCACCGAAUUUUUUUUGUGUUAUAUUAUGUGGUAGUAAAAUAACUAUUUAUUCAAUCUCUGUUUUAAUCAAACCACAAUUUUUUUUAGCUUAAACCCCCCCAUUACCCCGAAAUUAAUUUUCAGUUACGGCCUUGGCAGGAACACACCACCGGUGGCUACCAACUAAACAUAGUAGAUAAUUCGAACAGCUGCAAGACUCUGUUAUCCAUAUCGGCUAUUACAGAUUUUAUUAUUAGUUAUCACUUUUUCUAGAAAAAAAAGUUUAAAAAAAACAUGAUAUUUUUAAUUUAGGACGUAUAGUAUUGAAUGACAUGUGAAUAAAAAUACGUAAUAUCGCCUAAUU